AUGCAACGGGAAAUUACAUUAAUAAUGAUGGAUAUUGAUAGGUGGGAUGAAUGGGUUUCUGAAUCAAGAAUUCUUAAGAUGACAGAAGAAAACAUUGCGGCCACAACAAAAAUAAAGCAAAUUCAAGCAGCGCCUCCGAAUAAUUCAUCAUCAUCAGUUUUUGUGCAAAUUGAAUCGAUUGAUGAGAUGCUGUUGCCCAAUACAACUACACAAAAUGAACAAAAUUCAAAAACAUCUAAUUUUAAAAAUCGCAUCUUAAAACGUACUGUUGAUCAAGGGCAAGCAAUAGCGAGCACAUCAGGCAAAAAUGCGAAAAGGGCAAAAAAGUGCAAGAUUUCUGUUGAAAUUACAGAUGAAGGAAUGCUUCGACUUGUUGACGAAUGGCAGUGGAACACUAAAAAUCAACUCCUUGUUUAUCCUAUGCCACGACCCAAGACGGUUAAUGAUAUUUUGGAAGAUUUCUUUGAUUUUAAAAUGGAGAAGCUUAAAGAACAAAGUAAAACGUCUAUAGGCAGAAAUAGAGGACGUAUAACUAAAACACAAGAAAUAGCAGCGAGGGAUGUAACAAAUGGUAUCAAACAAUACUUUAAUGAAGCACUUCCAAUAUAUUUACUUUAUCGAUUUGAGCGUCAACAAUAUGUCGAAAUGACAGAAAAAUAUCCAAAAAAAGAAAUGUCAUCUAUUUAUGGGGCUGAGCAUUUGAUGCGACUUGUCGAACUAGUUCAUGCAGUGCAAAUGAAAGAGCAAAAAGCCGAGAGUUUAGAACAAAUAUUUAACGAACUAGCAAGGUAA